UAAAGAAGCAGAAACAAUUAAAAUUUUGCAAAAUCUUUUUUCUGGUGUGUAUGGUCGUUUAUACAAUCUAUGUAAACCUAUUCAUUCUCGCUAUGAUAUUGCAAUGACAAAAGUUUUAGGAAAAUAUUGUAAUUCUAUUAUUGUGUCAACAAAUAAAGUAGCAAUACAAUGUAUUAAUUAUUUAAAAGAACAACAGAUAGGAUCUGAAACUUUUUUACCAGUGGAAAAUUUAAAAGUAGAACCAAUAAAGGAAAUACUACGUGGAAUUACGGAACCAAAAAAUGUAAAACUUUUAUAUGAUGUACUUAAGUUUGAACUUGUAGAAAUUACUAAUGCUAUUUUAUUUGUAACUAAAAAUACUAUUGUUUGUGAAACAUCAGAAGAGGCAAGAAUGCUUGCAUAUGAAAUUAAUCCAUAUCGUAGAACCAACUGCGUUGCAUUAGACGGAACUUACUAUAAAAAAGAUGGUAUAAUUUCUGGAGGAGAAGUUGAAUUAUUAAAAAAAGCCCAAAUAUGGAACGAACAAAACUUAAUCCAAUUAAAAUCAAAAAAGAUAAUAUUAAUGGAGCAAUUAAGAGAAAAAAUUAAAAUUUCUCAAAGUGAAUCUGAAAUAAAUACAUUAAAUAUACAAAUUAAGAGUCUCACAAAUAGAAUAAAUUAUUCCACAUCUGACUUAAACGAUCAUGUAAAAAAAAAAAUAAUCACGCUUCAACAUGAAAUAGAAGUUAUUCAAAAUGAAUUAGACAUAAUAAACAAUAAUAUAACAUCAAUAAAAGACAUUAUGAUGGAAAAAAAUCAAGAAAUUCAAAAUAUAGAAAAAUCCAUUAUGAAUAUUGAAGAUAUGAUUUUUAAAAAUUUUUGUAAUCAUAUUGGCAUAUCGAAUAUACGUCAAUAUGAACAAGGAAAUCUAAAAUUUCAUCAGGAGCAAACAAAAAGAAAAUUGGAAUUAGAAGAGCAAUAUAAUCGUAUUCAAAAUUUAUUGGAUUUUGAAAUAAAUCGAGAUACAGAAAAUGCGAUUCUGAAGAUAAAAGGAAAUCUAAAAAUAAUUAAAAAUGAAUUAGAAAAAGCACAUCAAAUUGCAGUUUUAUGUACAGAAAAUAAUAAAUAUGAAUUAAAUAAAUUAAAUAAUUUACAAAAUAUGUAUGAUGAAGCCAAAAAUAACAUUAAUAAAGAAACAGAAAACAUUAAUAAAUAUAGAUAUAACAUCAGUACCAUUUCAAAAUUAAUUAUAAGUACUCAAAAGGAAAUUACAAUAAUUAAAACAAAUAUUAAAAAGAAAAAAGCAAAAUGUUAUGCUAUCUUGAUAAAUUGUAAGGUAAAUUGA